CGCAUGCGCACUGUUCCGUCCUCCAAUAUUGUGAAAAAACAUUUGAGUGAAAAUGGCUGCCCUACAGAUUUAAGCCUCAUCGCUCCGGGAGAGGAAAUCUCUUCAGCAGCCCAGCACAGCUGCCAUCCACAGCCCGGGAGCGGCCGCAGAUCCUCCCGGACGGGGACAGCGGUCGAUAAAUAGAGCCGUGCUCUGCGUUCAGGGAUGGGAGAUGUGUGCGUUUCGCAGUUAACCCUUCACAGCCCGAGAUCCGCGGACAAAUGAGAAAAUGAUGCAUCAGGUAGCCGGCAACAGUAACGACUACGGCUUGGGCGGCCUAGGCGAAGAUGGCCAGCACCCGAGCAGUCAUUUCGAGUUAUGCACCUCGCAGUCCAGCAAGUUCUACCCGUCCGGCCCGCCUCCGCCUCUGCAGCUGCCGCUGCCCAACCUGCCCCCCUUGCCGCAGAGCAUGAUCAAACCCAUGUCCUGCCAGCUGCAGGACGCCCAGAACGACUUUCACCCCCAGUCCGUGAGGAUGAGGGGCGUGGAGGUGCCGGAGGGAUCCAAGAAAAAGAAAGGACUCGGGAAGACCGGAAGACGAGGUAGGCCUGCGGGCACCACCAAAUCCGCCGGGUAUCGGACGAGCACCGGCAGACCCCCGGGCACCACCAGGGCGGCCGGGUUCAAAACCAGCCCAGGAAGGCCUCUGGGCACCACCAGAGCCGCCGGCUACAAGGUCAGCCCUGGCAGGCCGCCGGGCAGCAUCAAAACAUUGGCAAAGCUCAACAAACUGGACCAUAGUGCCUGCAACGGAGCGCCAUUCCCUUACUCCCUCAUGCAGAAACGGGGCCUGUGUGAGGCCGCCGUCAAAGACAAAAACGUUAGCGAGUGACAGCAAGCUUUUCUAUUUAUUCGCGAGGGAGCGCAUGUCCGAAAUCGAGACGAAUCGACGUCCGCGACGAGGCAAGACUUUUGUGAGGCAGGGGAGGGUGAAACGAAAAAAAAUAAUAAUAAUAAUUGAAUUUUGAUACCUAGGCAUAACACUUACUAUGUGUUACGUUAUGAUCAUUUUGUGUAUCUAUAUCCAAAGAGCAUUACCAUUCUCUUUCACUCUUAAAGGAGCAAUAAGUAGAUUUUCUUUCCUGUUAAAAUGGAAUAAAAUAUGAAACUUACAUAAUAGUAUAACAGUAGUACGUGUGGAAUUAUAUAUAUAUUGUGAUUACAAGUGCAGGCUCAUGGCGGACCUUUCUUUCUUUUCUACUUACUGUUCCUGUGUCAUGACGUGUGACUGGCAGAGAGUCAGUAGCGUGACUGAUAAGCAACCCCUCACCUCAAAACAAAACACCUGCUGCUUAUUGCUCCUUUAAACCUUCUAUUAACCUACUGUACAGAUGUGCAUGAUGGUAGUCUUGUGAAAUACAAAUACAGUAUCUAAACCGAUUAUGUUAGACCUUUCGACCAAUAGUCCUCACUCAAGAAAAUAAACGCUUUUGUGUUGUUUUUAAA